AUGGACCCCCCGAAUCCCCUGAACACCCUGAAUACAUUUCCCCGGUUCUCAGACUUACCUUUCGAGUUGAGACUCGAAAUCUGGGAGCUUGCCGCUUUUCACAAACGCAUUUUGGAGUUGAAUUACUGCAUCGUCGAUAAGAUAUUUCUCAACCUUGGUCUACCUCCCGCGAUACUUCAUACGAAUAGAGAAUCGCGUAAAGUAGCUCUCCGCUUUUACAACAAGUCCUUCGGUACGGAUGAGAAGCCUGGGAAGAUCUACUUCAAUCCCGUUUGCGACACGAUAUUUUUCAGUUCGAGACAAUAUGAUGAUGAAAUUACGGCGGUAGCAAAGCAUUUUUCUAUUCAAGCGCCAUCUUUACCUUAUCAACAUCAAAUCCAGUCAAUUGCUCUGGCUGAAAGAUUUUGGGGUGAAACUCACCGGACUCUUCCAUUUCGUCUUUCUGAUGCUUUGGGAAAUAUUGCUAGAUUUCGAUCGGCUUUUCCUCACUUGAAAAAGGUCCUCCUGGUGAGAAAUACACCAAGCGAGGAAGAAGUUGAUUCGUGGUCUCGCUAUUCAGGCAUAACUUUGUUAGAAUCAAAUAUGAAUGCAUUAGCGGAAGAUUAUAUAUUGGAUAUUGUCAUAAUGGCAUUUGCGGAAGAUUCGAAGACGCGACCGGGCGAAGUAGUAGACGUGACGGUGAUGGAGCAUCCCCAGGGAAAGAUGUAA